AUGGUUCCUACCACUGCCACAGCUCUCGUCACCAAAGGCGGCAAGUUAUCUAAAGAAACCAUUGCGGUGCCGACUCCGAGAGAAGAUCAGGUGCUGGUGAAAAUUUCCCAUGUCGCCCAGAACCCUACUGAUGUCCAGUCACUCGACACCAAUGCCUUCGGAGAUGACGCUGUCCUGGGUUGUGAUUUUGUCGGUACUGUCGAGAAGACGGGGGAUAAAGUGAGCAGGUUAAAGACUGGCACCGUGAUUGCUGGUCUGAUUUGGGGAGGUGAGAUCAAAGGACUGGGUGGCUAUAGCGAGUACACCGUCGCAGAUGAGCGAAUUUGCUUCCCUUUGCCUAAAGGCGUCCCUCCUGAGAAGGCCUCCACAGUACCUCUCGCCGCGUGCACAGCACUGCUUGCUCUCUUUUCUAAGGACUGUCUCAACAUCCCUCAUAAGUCUGGAGAGACUGUUCUCAUCUGGGGCGGAAGCUCAAGCGUCGGACUUUACGCCAUCCAGAUUGCCAAGCACUACGGCCUCGACAUUGUGACGACCUGCAGUCCCCGCCACCAUGACCUUGUCAAGUCAUUUGGUGCUAGUCACGCUUUCGACUACCGCGAUCCCGAGGUGGUGGCGAGUAUCAAGGCCGCUACGAACUCCAACCUGAAGUAUGUCUUCGACACUAUCGGCAACGGCUCAUCCUCGGUCACUGCAUCGCAGGCAAUCUCUGAACAAGGCGGCGGCUUGUGUACUGUUCGUCCGGGCAAAGCUUUUACUGAAAAUGUGACGAAACAAACUAAGGUGACAGAUGUACUUGUCUGGACAGCCUUCUUGAAGGAGCAUAAGUAUAAGGAUUUUUAUUGGCCGCCUCACAAGGAGGAUCAUGAGCUUUCUGCCAAGUUCUUCAAAGAACUUCCUGAGUUGCUCUCCUCGGGAAUCAUCACGCCAAAUACUCCGAAACUCUUCGAGGGACUCGACUCUGUGCAAAAAGGGUUCCAGGAAUACCGUGAUGGGGCCAUCUCCAACUAUAAGAUUGUGUACAGGGUCUAA